AUGCCACUACCAGAAGAAAACAACAUUGGAUUGACGGAAAACAUGUUGAUAUCUGAAGAGUUGGAGUACGACAAGGAAUCAUUUAAGGCAGAGCAUGAAACAUUGGCAACUCAAUUGACAGACGAACAGAAGAAAACAUUUGGUGCAAAGACAGUAGUAUUGAGCGGUGAUUUUAGACAGUUUCUUCCAGUUAUUCCAAAAGCGACGAGACCAAUGGUUCUGGGAGCCACUAUUAACUCUUCAGACCUCUGGAGGAAUUGCAAGGUAUUGAGGCUGACGAAGAACCUGAGACUACAGAGCUUAGCUUCAAACGAAGAUAGACAAACGGUUGAUUGGUUCUCAAGAUGGAUUGCAGACAUCAAAGAUGGGAUUGCAGGGUUUGUAAACAAUGGUUUGUUUCAGAUCGAUAUUCCACCAAGGUUUAUGUUGAAGAGUGGACCUGAUCCAAUUGCAACUGUAGUUGAAAGCAUGUUCCCAACCGCAAAGUAUGGAAUGCUUGAAGAGUCGCACCUAGAAGGACGAACUAUCCUCUCACCGACUUUAGAUGUUGUUGAUCAAAUUAAUCAGUAUAUGUGUGACAUGAACACUGCAGAAGGUCGGACGUAUUUAAGUUGUGACUCUUUGUGUGAGGAAGAAUUUGAUGGUGAUAAUCUAUCACAAUUCACAAGUACACACUCCUGA